AUCACAUUCACCACUAGGAGACAAAACAGUCAAGGUCCCUCCAGAGAAAACACCAUCUUUCUAGCACCGCAUUAAAGCGCAAAAGCAGCACCUGUUCACCUGUUCCGCCUCUCUCCUCCGCUAUGGAGGAACAGCCCAGCUCAGACAGACGCGUAAAGGCUCCGCGCAAAGCGGCAACUGAAACAGAAUCUCCGCAGAGGCUGCGCUGCCAGAAACGAAGCGGCUCCUCCGCAAACACUAUUGGCCUAUCCGCUACCUCCGAAAGGCGCAACGAAAGGGAGAGGAACAGGGUGAAACUGGUCAAUAUGGGCUUUGCCAAACUAAGGCAACACGUGCCUCAAGCUCAGGGACCGAACAAGAAAAUGAGCAAAGUGGAGACUCUGCGCUCAGCUGUGGAAUAUAUCCGCGCACUUCAAGCGGUGCUGAUAGAGAGGAGCGCGGGGGAGGGACAAAGAGCUGGUUCCGAUGGACUCUCGCCUUGUGGCAGCAGCUGCUCAGUUGAUUCUGGCUCCAUGUCUUUAUCACCUGGAUCCUGCUCACCCUGUGCCUCCGAGGAUAGUUCCAGGGAGGAGAGCAGCAUCCCUGAGGCCGACUUCUUUCUAACGCUUCAUGGAUGGGGGAUAACAAGGCUGACAGGUCAUCAUAUAGGAACAGAAGAUAAGGAGCAGACUGACUAUUACAAGAACAUAUCUGAAUGAUCUGGAAAUAAAAUAUAAAGUUAUUUAUACAUGACCUCUAAAGUCCCGGUG